AUGACAAAGCAAGAAAAGAAAUCAGAUGAGCCGCCAAAGACGGCGCUAGCAAAAACUGCCUUGUAUGACAAAACAGCGAUUCCUUCUCCGGCGAAAGAAAAGCGCCAGUCAUCUUCAAGAUUUACUUUAUCUGGAAAACGAGAGCUCAUCAAGCUGCCGUUACUCAUCGAAGAGAAGGAUCCUGCUGCGCGAGAAGAACUUUUCCUCAAAAAGCUCAAACAAUGUUGCACCAUGUUCGACUUCAUCGCUGAUCCACUAUCCGACCUCAAAUGGAAAGAGAGGAGUCAUAACAGAGCCUAUCUUCUCCGCAGCAGUAGAGAUGUUUGCUGUGAAUACAUUCCGAUCAUUACCACCGAACACAAACCCAAAUGGCGCCGAGUUCGAUCCAGAAGAGGACGAGCCGACGUUAGAAGCCUCUUGGCCUCAUCUUCAGCUUGUGUACGAGUUUUUCCUCCGCUUUUGGAAAGUCCAGAUUUCAAGCCUAAUCUUGCGAAAAAGUUUAUUGACCAGAAAAGCUUCGUGGUUCCGCUCCUCGACCUUUUCGACUCUGAGGAUCCUCGAGAGCGCGAUCUUUUGAAAACUACUCUUCAUCGAAUUUAUGGCAAGUUCCUCAACCUUCGAGCUUUCAUUCGUAAACAGAUCAACAACAUUUUCUACCGCUUCGUCUACGAAACGGAGCGACACAAUGGUGUUGCAGAGCUUCUGGAAAUUCUGGGUUCGAUUAUCAACGGAUUCUCGCUGCCUCUGAAGGGGGAACAUAAAAUAUUCCUGCUCAAAGUUCUUUUGCCUCUCCAUAAAAUCAAGUCAUUGUCAGUCUACCAUCCUCAACUGGCUUACUGCGUAGUACAGUUUCUCGAGAAAGACCCAUCUUUAACAGAAGAAGUGGUAACUGGGCUGCUCAAGUUCUGGCCGAAGACACACUCUCCGAAGGAGGUGAUGUUCCUGAACGAGCUAGAAGAGAUUCUGGACGUUAUCGAGCAUGCUGAGUUCGCUCGAAUAAUGAGGCCGUUAUUCAACCAGCUUGCACGUUGCGUCUCGUCGCCGCAUUUCCAAGUUGCCGAGCGAGCUCUCUACUACUGGAACAAUGAGUACUUUGUCAGUCUAGUGCAAGACCAUACCAAGGUUAUCUUGCCGAUUAUGUUCCCGCCUCUCUACCGAAAUUCCAAGUCUCACUGGAAUAAGACCAUUCACGGACUGAUCUACAAUGCUCUCAAGCUUUUCAUGGAAAUGGAUCAGAAUCUGUUCGACGAGUGCACCACCAAUUACAAGAGCGAACGCUUGAAGGAAAAACAGGCUAUUCAAGAGCGAGAAGAAGCCUGGAAGCGUAUUACAGAGAAAGCGAUGAAAAAUCCACUGCGACAUCAAGUUGAUGGACUCGUUAUCAAGAAUGAUGCUUUCGCUGGCGAGGUGGAUACCGAAAAACUGCGCGAUCUCAAUUUGAACGAGAAGGAAGAAAAGGGAUCAGUUGCAAAAGAGCUUAAAUGGGACGAAGUCAACACUGCCGCCCAACACACCGAAGCUGAUGACAAAUCGCGAGGGAAAGCUAUGCGACGGAAAUCGAACUUACCUCAGGAUUUGAGCACACUUCGUGCGCUAGAAAGCCACAAACGCUCUUCCGAGGGCCUCAAGAAGCAAGAAGAUAUGAGCGAAAUCAUUGAGUCGGAGCUCGCAGCGAAGCGUGGCCUUCGAAAACGCCCUUCCAAAACUGUUAUUCAAUGCUCCGACGAAGAAAACGAAGACCCGCAAGUUUGUCUUCCGAAACGAGCGAAAAGCACCGAAGAUGGAGUGCAACAACCACUCGCCGACAACGAGGACUCGUCUGAGUCAAAUGAUCCUUCCGAAAAAGCUCCAGCUCCACUCAUUGCUAGCAUGCCAACGCCGGUUCUUUUGGAGAGAACGAGAAAGACUCAUGAUAGGAAAGACGCCACUCCUAAAAGAAUGAGCACAAGCAAGAGUAGAAAAGAACAAAAACCGACGGAAAACAAAGAGGACGCAUCUUUCAAGGCUCGUCUUUUUGAAGAAGAGGACUCCGCUACUGAUUCCGAUAGCUCGCUUUAA